AUGGGGCCCCAGUCCCCAAGAAGCUCCUGGCAGGCAAACAGAGACUCCAGAAAUCCAGAGGAGGAAGGCCAGGCUCUGGGGCAGGUCUGCCUCCCCCUCUGGAGUCUGUGUCUCAUCCCCUCCCACUGUGAGCAUGAAGCUCAGGCCACAGGGGAUGUGAUGGGCCCACAGACCCUGCAGAUGGGAACUGUGGAAAACAUGCUGGACUUGGAAUCCCAGGAGGAGGGGCACGUCACACCGCUUGGGGACCACACAGGGAAGCACAGGGCUGGUGAAGAGGCAGAGGGAGAGGAGGAAGCCCUGACCAUGAUACGACUCUCUCCCCAUCCUGGAAUUAAUAAAGACUCCGAACAGACUGCGGUUUGCAAGUCUGAAAGCUGGUUCCUGCCCACGUCACUGCCCCGAGAGGAGUGGGGCCCAGCUCCCCCCAGCACCCCCUUCCUUCCCCCUUCCUGGGAGGGGCUCAGGCCAGCAGAUGAGAAUGGUCUGAGUUCCCCUGCGGUGCUGUCCCAGCUCUUUCAGAGCAGGCCGCCCCCUCCUGGCCACCAGAGGAAUGUCGGCCCUUCCCAGAGGGCCAGAGAGAACCUGCAGUCUAGGGGCUCCCAGCCUCCUGGCUUCUAUACGCAUGGACCCCAGACCUGCCCAACACCCCUCCCCAGCUUCAGGCGGAGACUGAGACCUUGGCCCCUGCAGGAUGGAGACCUGCUGUAUCCAGACCUGGGGGUGUUGGAGAGUCUGGAGGACCGGGGUGGGGGCCGAGGCGCGGGACAGCUGGCCUGUGUCCCCACACUGGGCCUGGGGCCCAGCCGGAGGGGCGGGGGCCUGGCCGCUCAGACCUUGGCUGGGGCCAGGAUUUUUGGCCGGGCCGCCGGGCCCUCCCUCCUGCUUCCUCUCCCGAGGGCUGUCCUGGCAGAGGCCCCCCUCACACUUUCUGGCGGGAACAGGGCCAGCAGUGAGAGAGAACAGCCACAGAAGGAAAGCGGGAAAGAGUCGGGAAGACCGACCAGGCAGCAAUUACGCUUUGGGGAUAAAACGAGGUGCGGAGAGCGGGCUGGGGCAUUUCUCCCCGAGAUGGCGGGUCUGACAGCGGCAGCCCUGCGGCCUGGAGUCCUGCUGCUCCUGCUGUCCAUCCUCCACCCCUCUCGGCCUGGAGGGGUCCCAGGGGCUGUUCCUGGUGGAGUUCCCGGUGGUGUCUAUUAUCCAGGGGCUGGUCUUGGAGGCCUGGGAGGAGGAGCACUGGGGCCUGGCGGCAAACCACCCAAGCCAGGUGUUGGAGGACUCGCAGGUGGUGGCCUUGCACCGGGACUCGGAACCUUCCCUGCCGGCACCUUCCCAGGGGCUCUGGUGCCCGGAGGAGCAGCUGCCGCUGCUGCGGCAUAUAAAGCUGCCAAAGCUGGUGCUGGGCUUGGAGGUAUUGCUGGAGUCGGUGGGGUCGGUGGCGUUGGCGGUGUUGGUGGCUUAGGAGUGUCUACAGGUGCCGUGGUGCCUCAGCCUGGAGCUGGGGUAGGAGUUGGAGCCGGAGCAAAACCUGGGAAAGUGCCCGGUGUGGGGCUUCCAGGUGUAUACCCAGGUGGCGUGCUCCCAGGCACAGGAGCUCGGUUCCCAGGUGUAGGGGUGCUCCCUGGGGUCCCCACUGGAACAGGAGUGAAGCCCAAGACCCCAGGUGGAGGCGGAGCUUUUGCCGGAAUCCCAGGGGUUGGACCAUUCGGAGGCCAGCAGCCUGGAGUCCCCUUGGGUUACCCCAUUAAGGCACCCAAGCUGCCAGGUGGCUACGGACUGCCCUACACUACUGGGAAAUUGCCCUAUGGCUAUGGGCCUGGAGGAGUGGCUGGUGCAGGAGCCAAGGCCGGAUACCCAACAGGGACAGGGGUUGGUGCCCAGGCUGCAGCAGCAGCAGCUAAAGCAGCAAAGUAUGGUGCUGGAGGAGCCGGAGUCCUCCCUGGUGUUGGAGGGGCUGGCAUUCCUGGUGGGGCGGGUGCAAUUCCCGGGAUCGGAGGCAUUGCAGGGGUUGGGACUCCAGCUGCAGCUGCAAAGGCAGCCGCUAAGGCAGCCAAGUAUGGAGCUCCUGGAGGCUUAGUGCCUGGUGGGCCAGGCUUUGUCCCAGGAGCUGGUGUCCCAGGAGUUGGUGUCCCAGGAGCUGGUGUCCCAGGUGUUGGGGUCCCAGGAGCUGGCGUCCCAGGUGCUGGGGUUCCAGGAGUUGGGCUGACACCAGCUGCAGCUGCCAAAGCAGCCAAAUAUGGAGCCAGAGCCGGAGUGGGAGUUGGAGGCCUUCCCACUUAUGGGGUUGGUGUCGGGGGGCUUCCUGGCUAUGGUGUUGGAGGUGUCCCCGGAGUCGGAGGUGUCCCCGGAGCUGGCCUUUCCCCUGAAGCCCAGGCUGCAGCUGCUGCCAAAGCUGCCAAGUAUGGUGCUGCAGGGGCAGGAGCCCUUGGAGGGCUGGUGCCAGGCGCAGUCCCAGGUGUGCCAGGCGCAGUCCCAGGUGUGCCAGGCGCAGAAGGAGUACCAGGAGCAGGGACCCCAGCAGCUGCAGCAGCCAAAGCUGCCGCCAAAGCUGCCCAGUUUGGGUUAGGGCCUGGUGUUGGUGUGGGUCCUGGUGUCGGCGUGGUUCCUGGUGUCGGCGUGGGUCCUGGCAUUGGUGUGGGUCCAGGUGUGGGUCCCGGCUUUGGUUUCGGUCCUGGCGGUGUUGCAGGAGUAGGGAUCCCAGCUGCAGCCAAAUCUGCUGCUAAGGCCGCUGCCAAAGCCCAGCUCCGGGCCGCAGCUGGGCUUGAUGCUGGCAUUCCAGGAUUUGGAAUAGGCGCUGGUGUUCCCGGAUUUGGAGCUGGUGCUGGUGUUCCCGGCUUUGGGGCAGGUGCAGUACCUGGCUCCCUGGCCGCAGCUAAGGCAGCCAAAUAUGGAGCAGGAGUCCCCGGGGCUCUUGCUGGAGCAGGUGUUCCAGGUGGUGUGGCAGGAGCCGGACCUGCCGCUGCUGCUGCUGCUGCUGCUGCUGCCAAAGCUGCUGCCAAAGCUGCUCAGUAUGGCCUAGGGGGAGUCGGUGGGCUCGGAGCCGGAGGACUGGGAGUUGGGGGUCUUGGUGCGAUUCCUGGUGCUGGGGGCUUUGGAGGUGUCUCCCCAGCUGCAGCUGCUAAAGCAGCCAAAUAUGGUGCUGCUGGCCUUGGAGGUGUCCUAGGAGCUGCCAGGCAGUUCCCAGUUGGAGGAGUGGCAGCAAGACCUGGCUUUGGACUGUCUCCCAUUUUCCCAGGUGGCGGUGCCGGGGGUCUGGGAGUUGGUGGAAAACCCCUCAAGCCCUAUGGUGGGGCCCUGGGAGCCCUGGGAUACCAAGGUGGGGCCUGCCUGGGGAAGUCCUGUGGCCGGAAGAGAAAGUGAGCUUCCCCAGACCCCUGACUUGCGACCUCAUCAACUUUGGUGCUACUGCUUGGUGGAGAAUGUAAACCCUUUCUCACCCCACCCCAUGGCCCCCCAAUCCCCACCCCAGGAAGGAACGGGCAGGCCAGGCAGCCAUGGAAAUCCACCGGACAAGGAAAUAAGAGAGCAGUGGCCAAGUGCCCUGACUGGGAAACCCCCCACUUCAGAGUGGGGGGUGGGCCUGGCCCCCUGCCCUGCCCCUUCCCCAUCCCACACAGGAGCUCCCCCCUCAACACACAGCCUCCAUCUCCAGGGGAACUUGGUGCUACAUGCCGGUGCUCCCAUCCUCCUGGGGGAGGGAGGAGGGUAGGGCAGCCCCUUGGGGAACCCCCUCCCUGGGGCUCCUUUGAAGAUGGUGCAGACACUUCUUGGGCAGUCCACUUCCCCCUGCCCACCAGGACCCACCCUUGCCUGGCUGCGGUCCAGUUGGUACCCAAGCACCUUAAGCCUCAAAGCUGGAUUCGGUCACAUCAUCCCUCCUCUCAUUGGUUCACCUUGUCCUCUCUCCCCCACCAAUUGCUGUUCCCCACAUCCGGGGCAUCUUCAGGUGGGAAAACCACCCACUGCUGGAAGUAACGCCCUUGCUCUUGUGGAGUCUGUCCACCCAUCCGCCCAUUCACCCAUCUGCCCAUCCGUCCAUCUGUUCAUCCAUCCAGCCUUGUCCCCAUUUGACUGCCCAUCACCACUAGCUGGCUGGGCACACCCGCCAUCAAGCCCCCCAACCACUUCCCUCACUCUCGCCCAGAGUGUGCAGGGCUGUGGGAGGCGGGCAGGCAUCUCUCCCUACCCGGGGUCUCCCCACACGCAGUACUGUAUCCCAUCCCUCCCUCAAGCCACUGUCCUUCAGAGUGGCUCCACCCCUGCCCCGCCAUCUCUUUGUGUCUCGCUGUGAUAGAUCAAUAAAUAUUUUAUUUUUUGUCCUGGA